GUAGGAGGAGGGGAGCUCGAUCGAUCCUAACGGUGAAUAACAAUCUACUACAGUAAUAAAGGAACCAUGGAGGGGUUCCAGUGGAGCAGGCCCGUCUCCUUGCUCCUGUACGCCGUCUUCUUCCUGGCGGCGGCGGCCGUGUCGGAGGCCAACAUCGGCGAGUUCGACGAGUACUGGCAGCGGCGCCAGCUGGAGGCCAGAGCCCGCGCGGAGGCCGCCUACCAUCCCAACCCCAUCGAGGUCGCCAACAGCUUGAACCGCGCCGUCCACAGAGCCGUUCGGGAGGAGAGUGGGUCGAGGAGGAAGUUGCUGGGACUGCACAAGAAGUUCGCCGGGCCGUGCCAGGCGACGAACCCGAUCGACCGGUGCUGGCGGUGCCGCGACGACUGGGCGACGGACCGGAUGCGUCUGGCGCGGUGCGCGCAGGGGUUCGGGAGGCACGCCACGGGCGGGCUGGGUGGGAAGAUCUACAUCGUCACGGACGGCAGCGACGACGACGUGCUGGAGCCGCGGCCGGGCACGCUCCGGUGGGCCGUGAUCCAGAAUGAGCCCCUGUGGAUCAUCUUCGCCAGGCCCAUGCUGAUCAAGCUCAAGGAGGAGCUGCUGGUCGGCAGCAACAAGACCAUCGACGGCCGCGGCGGGCAGCUGCGCAUCGCCGACGGCGCGCAGGUGACCGUGCAGUACGCGCACAACGUGAUCAUCCACAACAUCCACGUGAACGACCUCAUCGUGGGCAAGGGCGGCAGGAUCCGGGACUCGCCGCAGCACGCCGGGUUCCGCACCCAGUCCGACGGCGACGGCGUGAGCGUCUUCGGCUCCACCGACGUGUGGCUCGACCACCUCUCCCUCGCCACCUGCCAGGACGGCCUCAUCGACGUCAUCGACCAGUCCACCGGCGUCACCAUCUCCAACUGCCACCUCACCAACCACAACGACGUCAUGCUCUUCGGCUCCAGCGACAGCAACCCCAAGGACGAGAUCAUGCAGAUCACCGUCGCCUUCAACCACUUCGGAAGAGGCCUCGUGCAGAGAAUGCCAAGGUGCCGAUGGGGAUUCUUCCACGUGGUGAACAACGACUACACCCACUGGCUCAUGUACGCCAUCGGCGGCAGCAAGAACCCGACCAUCAUCAGCCAGGGGAACCGCUACAUCGCGCCGCCGAACCUGGCGGCGAAGCUGAUCACGAAGCGGCUGUACGCGGAGGAGGCGGAGUGGAAGAACUGGGUGUGGCACUCGGAGGGGGACCUGAUGCUCAACGACGCCGUCUUCGCCGACAGCGGCGGCCCCAACCAGAGGAAGUUCGAGAAGGAUGACCUCAUCCCGCCCAAGCCGGGAUCGUACGUCACCAGGCUCACGCGCUUCGCCGGCUGCUUGCCGUGCAAGCCCGGCAAGCCCUGCUAAACCUUGGUGGCCCCGCCGGCCGGCCGGAGCCGAUCCCUUCCGAAUCUUCAAUUCUAUAGCUUUGUUCAAUUCUUUUACUCAAAGAUUCGUGUAUGUAUUACUAGGACAUUUGAGUAGUCUACGGGGUUCAGAUCAGAGGGCCCUGUAGGUUGUUCUUGUACGUGCAUUCGCCGUGUCAGCGGCCAGGCGACGCGGAGGGGAUGAAGGGCAGAGAGAGAACAUGUUUCUGUCUAGGUCAUCCUGCUUACUUAGGGGAGGUGGAGGGCCCGACAGAAGGCAUGCAAAUAUUGAAGAGGGCCGAGACUAAUUUGUUAACUGUUAUUUUAAGGUUUAUCGUCUGUUUAUUUCUACAAUUUUAUUUCAACUUUCUAUACAUGCAUACAUGCAAAAUACGCAA